AUGCGGAUUAACGUGGGAGGGGGACUGGAGCUGUGCCUCCAUAAACAGUUGAUGUCCCCUGCCACUGAUCGUAGAGAAAGAGAAAGAGGAGGAGAAGACGGAGAAGAAGAAGAAGAAGAAGAGAAGAAAAUGGAGAGGGGGAAGAAUCAGAAGGAAGAUAUGAGGGGAGAGAGAGAUGAUGAUGAAGAAGAAGAUGAUAAGGAGAAAAGAUAA